GCAGGCUUCGGUUGGUUGGAUCAGGGCUUUGGUUGAUUUAGUUGCUCUUAUAUCGAUCAAAGGGCGUAGAGAAAUGGAUAAUGACAAGGGAAAAGCGACAUGGGAUCAUUACACGACAAAAAUUCUAAUCGAUGUUUGUGCCGAGCAAAUAGUGCACAAAGAAAGACAAGGAACAUCGUUUACAAGACCUGGUUGGUUGAAAAUUGAAAAGAAUUUUCGGGAAAGGAGCGGGAAAAUGUAUGACAGGAAGCAACUGAAGAACAGAUUUGAUGUAUUGAGAAAAGAUUGGAAGUUGUGGGAAAAACUGAUGUCUGGGGAGACUGGCAUUGGUUAUGAUGCAGCCACAAAUAGGGUGUUGGCCUCUGAUAAGUGGUGGCAACGAAAAAUACUGGUGGACCCUAAUUUCAAGAAAUUUAGACAUCAGGGGCUGAUGUUUGCAUCAGAUCUGAUGAAAAUAUUCAGAGAUGUUGUGGCUUCGGGAGAGUAUGCGUACGCACCAUCAGCCUCACAGCCUCAGCCAGCGUUUGCUCCACAGCCUGACACAGAAGAGGAGGAUGUUUAUAGAGUCGGGCUAGACCAACAAGAAGGGUCAGGGGAUAGUGAGGAUGAAAACUUUGGUGUGGACCCAACAGCCAGUGCCUUCACAAAUGACUUCGCUGCUUGCAACAUAAACACCCCCGCAAGUACUGGACCAAGUGGCUCAGGAAGCUAUGGAAAGAGAAAGAGGGGUGAGACAUCAGAUGCAAAGAAGAAGAAGAAAGUUGCUGCAACUACAUUAAUUUCUGAUAGCCUGAGUGUCAUAGCAGCUGCUUCUGACAAGCGAGCAGCAGCAUUGGUUGAAGAUCCCCAAAUAGUUGAUAAGGUUUUGGCACACCUGACUACCGUUGAGGAGCUUAAUGAUGACAAUCAACUAUAUUAUGCAUGUGCCAAGAUGCUUACGCGGUUGAGGUGGGCUAGGCGAGCCUAUUUGGGGCUUAUGCAUGAUAGAAGCAAGUUGUUGAGGUGGUUGAUACCGGCAGCACAAGACCCAGACACAUGGAAGUGACCUGCAGAAUAGGAUUUAGUUUAGGACUUAGCUGUUUAACUAUUGUUAUUGCACUUGUUAACCUGAACUACCUGCUGUUUUAAC